AUGGAGUGCCUGAAGGAGUGUCCGCCGAUGGACGAGCUCGACCAGGCGUGCGCCAUGCACGACAGCUGCAUCGUCAACCACCCGCAGCCGGCCGACCUCCACUGCACCUCCUUCGUGAACUGCCCAUGUGACUGUGCGCUCGUGAAGAGGCUGAACGAGGUCAACUGCGACCGGGCCACGAGUCCGUUCCAGUGCGACGUGUGCCGCGACUUCUACGUGUGGCUCGAGGGCUCCUUCGCCUACUGCUGGAUCGACAAGCCGCAGCCGGAGUGCCUGCCCGUGCACCGCUACUGCAACCUCACCUACAUCGCCGAUGCCGAGGCCACACCCGCCGCCGUAGUGUGUUAG